AACGAUGUUUUGACAUAAGUCGUGCUACGGUCAUAUUGUGUUAUGGUUAGAAUUGAAGAUAUAUUUUUAGUUAUAGCAUUGCUUAAAUAGUGAAAUUAGAAUAAAAUAAUGUCAUUGAAUGACGCGGUGAUCUCAUCAAAUACUGCAGCAGAAUCUACGGUCAUUGGUCCACUCAACUUCAAGGAUGACCAGGAGAACCAUCCUCCGGCAACCCGAUUGGUGGAUUAUUCUAGAGUGGCUUGCAUGCUGUGUGAUAACAUAUACGAUUUCACCAAUGGAGACACUAAAGACCAGUACCUGGUUCACCUGUACAUGAUCCAUCGAUUGGUGAUUGGGGACGUAGAGGACAUCGACUGCUUAGCCAGUUACAACAAAUUUUGGAAAGAAAAGUUUCAAAACCAUCCUUUGGAAAAGUUCUGCUCAGCUAUGCUGAUGAAUCAACUUCCCGAUGGUACACCCGCAUGCAACGAAAAGUACUUUCUCUUGAGCAAUAUUGAACCGCUUGAUUACGACCUGAGAGAAUCGAUAAAGCGGGACGUUAUGAAAAUGGUAUUGGAGCGGCAUCAAUUUGAACGUACAAAUCAAAGUUUUAAUCGUAAAUGCUUAUACUGCAAAGAAUCUGAAAUGAAAACUAGAGCUGCUUAUUUAGAGCAUCUGUACGCAAAACAUUUUCUUCAGCUAGGCAAAGCAGAGAAUCUGGUGUUUGUCGAUGAAUUGGUGGAAACUGUACAGGAUAAAAUGGAUAAGUUAAUAUGCCUUUUUUGCGAAAAAGUGUUCAAAGAUAGGCCAACUCUCAAGGAACAUAUGCGUAAGAAAGGCCAUAAACGCAUAAAUCCGUAUAACAAAUUAUACGAUCGGUUUUUCCUUAUCAACUACCGGAACGAUCGACUAAAAAAAGGACCCGAAUUAAAAAAACAUGCUUCCGCAAAGGUGGAAAACAAACAUGGACCAGAGAUCUCGCCAUUUCAUUCAGAUGACUCGGACUCAGACUGGUCAGAUUGGUACGGUGAGGAGCAACAAACAACGUGUCUAUUCUGUUCAAUCGCAAAGUCAAGAGUGGAGGAACUAAAAACACACAUGAAAUCAAUGCAUAACUUCGACUUCGACCUCCAAGUUGCUGGUUUAAGCUUUUAUCAACGUGUCAAAAUUGUGAAUUAUAUCCGGAGACAAAUGCACAUUUUACGAUGCGUUAUCUGCAGAGAGGAAUUCACCAGUAAAGACCAAUUGCAGGACCACUUAGAGAAGCAGUUGCAUUUUGGUAUUGGAGAACAACAAUAUUGGGAUCAACCCGAAUUCUUUUUUCCAACCUAUGAAGAUGACCAAUUUCUAUGUAACUUAGAAGAUGCCGAUCCAGAACAAUCUGAUGACAACUUGGUGGUCUUUUCUGAAAAGGUUUCUGCAAAUGUUAGCACUGAAGCAGAGUCAUUAUCCAUGGAAAAUUUCAAGCUAACGUAGAAAGGCAAAACUGGUACUAAUGAAGAUUUUUGUUGCUUAUAAAAAUACAGCUUUAUAAUAUAAAUAAAUUCUAUUUAAUUCUA